AUGGGCGAGGGCGCUUCGAAGCCCGAGCCCGAGCCCGAAGAGGACGAGACCGACGCCCGGGCGCGGUUCCGCGAGGCGUACGCGGACGAGCCCGAGGCGCUGGAGGGCCUGGAGCGCAUCGUCGCGGACCUCCGCGGGCGGCGCGCCGGCGAGCGCGCGGUGUCGCGGGAGGCGCGCCGCCUCGAGGCGCUGGCGCGGGCCGCGGAGUCCAUCGGAGCGGAGACCAUUGACAAGUUCUUCGCGGACCUCGAGGGCCAGGCGGCCGACGCGGCCGUGCUGCGGGCGCGCGCCUCGGGGGGCGUCGCCCGCGGCAUGCCCUGCCCGCUCCCUCUGCGCGCCGCAGCGGACGACGGCGGUGGGGGCCCGCCGGACCCGCCACCGCUCCCGGCGCCGCCGCCUUCCAUAGAGGAGCCCUUGCCGGAGUUCUACCAGCUGCUCCGCGUGCCACUGGAGGCCACGUUCGAGCAGAUCAAGAAGGGCUACCGGAAGCAGGCCAUGGCAUGGCAUCCGGAUAAGAAUCGCCACCGCCUGGAGGAUGCGACCGAGCGUUUUAAGAGAAUCAACGAGGCGUUCGACACGCUGUAUGACCCUCGGAAGCGGGAGGCGUAUGACUCCGGGAAGGUAAAGACGAAGGGCAAGGUCAGAAAGUUGCAGGGGUGUGGGUGGGCAAAUUUCGCCGACGAGGACGACGAGACCCUCACACCGUUGGGCUACAAGUACAAAAGGACUUCAUGGCGCGGAUACGUACUGAUGUACGGCCGCAUCGACGACGAUCCAGACAAGCUGCCGGUGCAGGACGAGAAUUCGCCGCGCGCACCUCAGGAGAAGAUCAAGAUUUUUUGGCGGUUCAUGGGCGAGAUGGCGCACGAGGCCAGAGAAAAGUUGGACAACGACAGGUGGUUGCCCGACUUCAUUGCCAGCGUUUGGAAGGACACACCGUCCCGGUGGCCUUCUGCCCCAGAGUUGCAAGCCAUGAAUGACGCGUCGCAGCAGGAGUGGAAGGAGCGACGGAUGGUAUACACCCGGAGGAAGCAGAAGCUGCUAAUUUCCAUCGAGUUGCACGAGGACUACCUCGCCAUCCCGGACAGAGAGAGGAAGGAGCUCGACCGCCUGAAGCAGAAAGCUCCGGGGCUGAUGGCCAGGGUUGAUGGUCGCGUGAUGAGCGAGGAGCUCGACCGCCUGAAGCAGAAGCGCGCGGGGUGGAUGGCCAGGGUGAGCGGCGUGAUGAGCGAGGAGCUCGACCGCCUGCAGCAGAAGCGCGCGGAGCGGAUGGCCAGGGUUGGACGGCACGACGAGUGGCGGCGGCACGCCGCGGAGCAGCUCCGCGGGCACGGGCAGCAGCCGCACGGCGCCGAGCAGCGCAGCGAGGGCGGGCAGCCCCGCGCGGGGAGCGACGCCAUGAGCCCGGCGCGGGGCCGCACGGCGGGCCGCGAGCAGCGCGAAAAGGGGGUGCAGCAGCCCCGGCCGCGGAGCAGCGCGGCAGAGCCCGGCAGUGCGACGGGGCAAUCGUUCAACCCCUUGGCAAUGGCACUCUCCACGGCGCCGGCCUGCAACUGUGGCGGGUUCCACUUGGCCUGCCGCAUGCGAGAUAUGGACCUCCCAGCUGAGGACUUCCUCGCGAAGGUGGGCAAGGACAUGGACAGACUGACCACAGUGUCGACCGCAGCUUCCUCCGACCACGGGUCCGACCACGAGUCCGACCACGAGUCCGACCAUGCUGUCCGACACGCCGUGCCGAACGGGGGCCGCAGCGAGUCCGUCCUCGGCGGCGGCGCGUGCGCGUGCGGCGGCUUCCACCGCGCCUGCCGGCUGCGCGAUUCGGCGCUGGCCGAGCAGGCCCAGCUACCCGCGGCGCCAGAAGGCCUCCCCGCUGCGGCCCUUUCCCUGCCGAGGGCGGAGGGGCCGCUGAGCGAGGCCGUGGUGGGCGGCGCGGCGUGCAGGUGCGGGGGAUACCACCGCUCUUGCCGGCCAGUGGCCAGCGGGGGCCGUGCGCGCGACCUCCCCGCGCCCGGGCCGCUGGCGCCAGCGAAGGGCGCCGUCGACAGCGCCACCGUCGUCGGCCCGGCUACCUGCAGGUGCGGAGGCUACCACCGCGCGUGCAGGCUGGGCGGCCAGGGCUUCCCCGCGGCGCGGGUGCCCCAGCAGCCUGCGCCCGCCGCGACCGCGGCCGGCGGCGCCCGUUGCUCGCCGAGCGACGCCGCGCUCGGCUCCAGGCUCUGCCUGUGCGGCGGCUACCACCGCGCCUGCCAGUCCCGCGCGCAGGGCUCGCCCUCCGCAGCCGCGGCGCCGCUCGAGGGCGCCCGGAGCUCUGCCGCCUCCGGCCUCUCGCGCGCGCGGGCCGCGUCAGGCCGCGCCCUCGCCGGCAGCGGCGCCGCGCCCGGGGCGUGCCAGUGCGGCGGCUACCACCGCGGGUGCCGCUGA